GUGCACAUGACUAAACCAGGACUUCUGAGAUACUGUGUUCAGUGACAGCAUCUCUUGGGUUUAAUAUAGCUUCAGAAACAAAAGAACCCAUUCAGCCAUGACUCUGUUUCUGGCAUGGUCGACACUGACUCAAUGGCACACUUUACUUUACAGAUACCCAAAAUGUUCCUGUCCUAAAGGGCAAAAGCACAGAAACAGAAAGUAACCUGUUCAAGGUUAACUGGGGCAAAAUCAGGAAGUGUCUCUCAAUUAACACACAACCCUAACAAAAAACAGACUGUCUUCCCAGAGUGUACAGAAACAAGGAACACGUGCUGAUACGCCCACCCUUCAAUUUAAACAUUUUUACCCUUAUUUCAAUGUCCCUAACUGAUACUGGCGCAGCCACCUAAUGGCACAGUGGGGAAAUGGCUUGACUAGCGAGCCAGAGGUUGAUGAUUCAAAGCCCCGCUGGUAUGUUUCCCACACUAUGGAAAACACCUAUAUCAGGCAGCAGCGAUAUAGGAAGAUGCUGAAAGACAUCAUCUCAUACUGUGCAGGAGGAGACAAUGGUUCAUCUGCAAACCCAACAGGAAGUGAAGCUGCACAUGACGGCGAUGGCACUGCGGGUGAUUCGCAGCGAUGGCUUUCUGGCACUCUACAGUGGGCUCAGUGCCUCCCUCUUGCGACAGAUGACGUACUCCCUCACCCGCUUUGCCAUCUAUGAGACUGUGCGGGACCACUUGAGCCAGGGUGCCCCGGGGCCAAUGCCCUUCUACCAGAAGGUGCUGCUGGGCGCAGUAGGAGGUUUCACUGGAGGGUUUGUGGGGACCCCAGCUGACAUGGUGAAUGUCAGGAUGCAGAAUGACAUGAAGCAGCCGGUGCAACUGCGGCGCAACUAUUCGCAUGCUCUGGAUGGGUUGUAUCGGGUGCUUCGUGAAGAGGGUGCAAAGAAAUUGUUCUCGGGGGGAACGAUGGCAUCAAGUCGAGGGGCCCUGGUUACCGUUGGACAACUCUCCUGCUACGACCAGGCCAAGCAGUUGGUUCUUGGGACUGGUUUGCUCUCUGACACUAUUUUCACCCACUUUCUGGCCAGCUUUAUUGCUGGUGGAUGUGCCACAUUCCUGUGUCAGCCCCUGGAUGUGCUAAAGACGCGGCUUAUGAAUUCCCAGGGCGAGUAUCAGGGAGUCAUGCACUGUGCAAUGGAGACGGCCAAGCUUGGACCAUUGGCUUUUUAUAAGGGCCUUGUCCCUGCUGGCAUCCGCUUGGUUCCCCACACGGUGCUCACCUUUGUCUUCCUGGAGCAGCUGCGCAAGUACUUUGGGAUCAAAGUGUUGGCCUGAGAGAGGAAGGGCCUGCUCCCCUCGGAACAUACAAGAUGGGGCAGGGACCUGGAAGCCGGGAUCCCACUCUGCCCAGGCAGCCCACACUAUUUCUUGUCACAGUGCAGAAGUCUUACAGUGCCCUCUCUAGUGCCAUGGCCAAUCACUGACCUCUUACAGAACACCCCCUUUCAGUGCCUCACUAGUACUAACCAGCCCUUUGAUAGUGUGUGUUGCCUAAUAGUCAACAUCCAGCCAGUCAGAAUUUUCUCCUUCAGUGCCCAAUAUCAGUGAGUGGCCAAUCCUGAAAUGCCUUUCUCCUGUGCCCAGCAACCCAUUAAUGGCUCUGUUCACUGCUCAUCAACCACCACUCUUCUGCCUGUAGUGCGGUACCCCCUGCUGAUCCCUACAGCAUUCUUUUCUAACACCUACCAAUCCUUGGCUAACAGCCAGCAUUCCAACCAUGUUCUGCUUUUAUUUCCUACCAAAUGCCUGUCACUGUGAUUGACAAGUGCCCUGCAAUGCCAUAACACACCUCUUCUGUGCCAUGGGCAGUAACUUGCCUUGCCAUCAAUGCCACCACAUUCACCCUUGUGAUGUGUUAGCAUCCCUCUGUUGGGCCAGUAGCUUCCUCCCAGGCAUCCUACUGUGUUAGGCAACCCCUUCUCCAAGCAGAAGAGUGUCAGGUCUAUGUGGAAUGCAGAGUCAUUUCUCUGUCCCUUCUAAAUGUUUACAGUUUAGUGCAUUGGCCUCCUCAGGAAAGAGAAUCUUCUGGCUGCUAGAGACUCAUUAUAGCAAUAUGCCAUGCGGGGAGGGGUCAUUUUCCUCUUUAUUCUUCGGAAUCCUAGUUUUCAAACAUGUGGGGGACAACAAGGUUUCCUUCACUAAACUCACCCUGCUCCCUUUUUCCUACCUCAGUCUCCUUUUACUUUCAGGUCUAUUAUCUGAGGAACAAGUAGUGAUAACCUGUGACGGGAAUAAACAUAAUGCAAGCAGUACCACACUCGCCCAGUCCCUGGCAGGCUUAGCAUCUCUUGCCUCCUUUAUUUGAUUCUUGCUUUAACACUCAAACCUUGUUCAGCCAAAGCCUCCUGAACCAAAUGCCCCCCUGGGCCUUAUCCUAGUGAUAGAAAGUAGGUUUCUGAGGUACUACUAAUCAGAGACGUUCUUACCCCCUGGACUUGGGGGCUGAAGUCCAGGUCCUCCACAGCCUCUGGGGGCCUCCAAAUCCUCUUUAGUCUGUCCCAGGUGCUGUGGUCACCUGGCCAAGCAUGAUGAUGCUUAAUUUUUUUGGGGGGGGCUCCAAAAGCCUUUAGGUCCAGGCUCCAAAAUUACCUAAGUGCACCUCUGUUACUAAUAAGCAAGAGCCAGUAAGCUGACCUAAGGAGAGUGAGCUUUUGAGUAACUAAUCCAGGUGUUAGGGAAUGGGAGGAGGCAGUUUUCCUCUCUUCUCCACUUGCAGGUUUCCCAGAUGCACCUGGUUGGUCAGUGCAUGUGGCAGAAUGUGGGACUGGCUAGGCCUUUCUUUGGCUUGAUGCAGUGGGUCUUUUCUUAUAGUCUUACCUUGGCUCCUGUAUCUCAACCAAAGAAACAACUCGCCUACUCAAACAUAGUGGAGAUGAGGGAUGGCGGCUGCAAGCACAGGUGGGGAAGGCCCCAUUAAAUACUUGGAACUGUCAUAACUGCAGGGAGCCCGACAAAGGAAUAGUGUUGUCCAUGUUGUACCUAUGGGGUAGACUAACAUUUCAGGGUAGGGGGCUCUUGGUUGACUUGGUUUCCUUAGGAUAAAUGUCAAAGUAAGGCCCUAUUUGCCUCCAAGUCUCUCCUGUUCCAUGCUGCCAGUCCCUCUUCUGCACUUGCAGUAUCUCUGAGCCUUUUGGUAGCAUUGGUGGAAGCCUAGAAGGCUGUGGAGUCUCUCUCCAGGUUGCCUUGCCACACUGUGAUGUUGUCAAGACCCUGCUGUAGCACUGAAUUUUUUUUUUUUUUUUUAAGUGUCUCGGGGAGGUUCGGGAUACCCCGGACCUGCAUCACAAAGUGACUGUUGGGGCUGCUGUCUGUCCCUUUUUGCUGCUGGCUUGUGUUGCCGUCUGCCCACCCACCAGCACGUGGACAGAUUGCCCCCCAUGUGUGAAAUGUCAUUCCAGAGGCUGGUGAUGCUACGGGAGCCAAGAACCAGAGCAAGUGAUCAGCACUUUUGUAAUCAUGACAAUAAAGUAAUUGUGCAAUGCA